AUGGCCUCGAGGAAGAAAGUCCUGCUUAAGGUGAUUAUCCUUGGCGAUAGUGGAGUUGGGAAGACUAGUUUGAUGAACCAAUAUGUCAACAAGAAAUUCAGCGCAAGCUACAAGGCAACAAUUGGGGCGGACUUCCUGACGAAAGAGGUCUUGGUGGACGAUCGAUUAGUCACAAUGCAGCUUUGGGAUACCGCUGGUCAAGAGCGGUUCCAGUCGCUAGGCGUGGCAUUUUACAGAGGGGCCGAUUGCUGCGUCCUGGUGUACGACGUCAACAACUCAAAGAGUUUCGAUACUCUGGACAGUUGGAGAGACGAAUUUCUGAUCCAGGCCAGCCCUCGAGACCCCGAGAACUUCCCUUUUGUUGUCCUUGGAAAUAAAAUUGAUGUAGAAGAAAAUAAGCGAAUGAUAUCUUCGAAACGAGCCAUGACGUUCUGCCAGUCGAAAGGCGGAAUUCCAUACUUUGAGACCAGUGCCAAAGAGGCUGUCAACGUUGAGCAGGCAUUCGAAGUAAUCGCCAGGAACGCCUUGGCACAAGAAGAAUCGGAGGAGUUCAGUGGUGACUUCUCGGAUCCUAUCGACAUCCACUUGGACAGGGAGAGCGAUGGUUGUGCGUGCUAG